AUGUGUAAAGAUACUAUCGCUGAUAUACUAACCUUGAUACGCAAUGCUGACAGGAAUGGAAAAAGAAUAGUUCAACUACCACGUACUAAUAUUAUCGAACUCAUUGUGAGAAUUCUUGUACAAGAGGGUCUUGUUGAAAACGUCAGAAAACAUCGAGAAAGCAAAAAAGACUUUUAUGUUUUAACUCUACGGUAUAGAAGAAAUAGGAAAAGAUCGUAUAAAACUUUUUUAAAUUUAAAAAGGAUCAGUACACCAGGUCUACGAAUCUAUUCUAACUAUCAACAAAUUCCGAGAGUUUUAGGAGGAAUGGGAAUUGUAAUUCUUUCUACUUCUAGGGGUAUAAUGACAGAUCGAGAGGCUAGAUUAGAAAGAAUCGGCGGAGAAGUUUUAUGUUAUAUAUGGUAA